AUGGCACAGGAGCCCCAAAAUGAAGCCAAUGACAGAGCCAAGUUCCUAGAUGACAUAUAUGACUUUCACAAAGUAUAUGGUACAGAAAUAAUGAUGUCAAUAAUAAGUGACGACGGUAUGGUUUCAAGUUUUGCAUCGCCAAUGUUGCAACACUUGUCACUAGAAAUCCAAAAUGACUUUCUUUUCCGCUCACAAAUAGAGGGACAAUAUAAAGACAGUAGUUCGGGUAUUCUUUUUUUGAUUCAGUGGUUUCUGAUAGGGUUCUUCAUCACUGCCUUUCUCGGCCUAAUUUAUACAAGCGAGAUGAAUUACAUACCAAUUCUCUUGAGUUUUGUGCCAUUGAGCCUUAUAGUCUUCAUAUGGUACGUCUUGAGGAAAACUUUGGUAAAGAAGGUUGAUGAAAACUUGGUGGAGCUUAUGGAAUCAGAUACUUCACACGAUACUGAAACAGCGAUACAAAAUCUUAUUGACAGAGCCCAAGCAUUGAAGCAUCACACAAGUUCGGAGAUAAUAUUGGCGCUUGUAGGUUCAAAGAGUCAUGUGGUGACUUAUGGAUCCACACCUGGACUUCGAGCACUAUUACGCAAGUACAAAGUCAAAAAAGUGGUGGAAAAAAACAGGGAAAAACGUCUACUAGAAGCCCAAGGUAUCACCGACGACUACCUCGCUGAAAAUGCUGCUUUGUAUUUUGCUUGGGCAUUUAGUACUGGGUUUUUAGUGCUUUUGGUAUUAUGGAGUUUUUUGAGCUCAGCGACUAAAAGUAUGAUAAUGCCAUCAGCGGCUAUGUUGGGAAUCUUUGCUGUGAUUUCAUUGGUCUAUUACUUUCAUAUGAGAGCAGCGAAUAAAAAAGAUUGA